CUGGAAAACAUUUAUUUACGGUGUCGGCAGCAAUAUUGACAUGCUUGAAAGUCAUUGGACACUUCUCCCGCGAAAAGAACAAUCUAUCGAAGUGCCUAGCAACGACACCACGCCACCAGUAGGAUAGCAACUACACAACACGACUUCAAAAUGGCGGCUCUGUUUAGGCCAAACUCCCGAUCAAGGUUUGAAACAAAACAGUGAUACUUUUACAGUUUUUCAAACGGAUUAUUAUCUUGCAAGAUGGCAAAGGUUUUUGUAGCCCCCGCUGUUCAUAAUUUUGCGGAUCUUCGGCCGUCCUCGCGUGCCCUUACGAUCACCCCAAGACCAGCCUCUCGUAACUCAACUGGCUAUGGAACACUUGAUCGUCCACCUUCUCGAAACAUUUCUCGCGUAGGGAGCAAUGUGGUUGUUUCUCCGCGUGAAUCAAAAAGAGUAUCGAAUAUUUUGAUUUUAUCUCCGGGCAGGCGAAAUUCGGGUUUGAGCCUUGGUAAGUAACUUUUUGACGUCUUUCACAUCAGUCUGUUGUUGCUCUUUUGACGCACUGCAAUCGUGAUUUUAUUUGUUUUAAAUGGCAGGAUAUACUUUUCAUUGCGAAUUGAAAAUUUAAAAAUGAGAAAUUUAGUCUUAUAUCAGGGAAUCUGUUAUAUUUUUGUAUAUUAGAGCAGUAUAUAAUUAGAAUUCUAUCUAUAGAAUUAGAAUGUUAUUUUGCGAUGCGAGUUCCCUUCGCGUGCUACAGAAUAUUUAAGUAAACAACUUUUUCAAUCGAGCGCGAGCUUAUGAAAUGUUUCUUUGUGACCGUUGUUAAUUGUAACAGAGCCGAGUGAUACACAGAGCUUUGAUUUCGUUGUGUACCAGAACAACAUGGCAGUUUCUUUUACGUCCACGUACGCGUUGUUACACGACAACAAUCGUUUGAUUCUUGUCCCGUGUUUUGUAGGUUCGCCCAAAUCUCCAGAUGUGAAUUUGACCUUCAUUGAGAUCGAGUCUCGACUAAGGGAGAAGAUUCGAGUCAACGCUGACGAGUUACGUCAGGUAAAUUUUAUUGGGUGGUUUGUAAUCCUAAAAAAAAAAACAGUGAAUAAGGUUUACGCCUCUGCCAAAAAGGUUAUAGAAAUUAGAGAACUUUGGGAUAUUAAAUGGAUCCAUGGAGACCCAAAAUUUCUCUUUGAGUGUUUCAAAAUAUUGCACUUGAAGAGAAUUAAUUUUUGAUCGCCAAAUGGCCAUUUAAUUUUCUUUUAUUAUAUUGACACAAAUGAAAUAGAUCUGUACCAAACUAUUUCAUUUUUGAAAUGUAAUUUUUUGCUGCAAAAGGCUUGAUUUAUUAUGAAUGGUAUUCCUUUUCAUGUCUGAAGAGGACAUGGUAUUAAUAAUAUUGUUAUGCAUAAAAGGGGAAAUACAGCAUCUGCUAUGGACAGUACACCGUACAUGUACAUGUAUGAAAGGUACCUGGCAUCAUAUCUGGGCAUGGUAUGCCCCAGUUUCAAGUCACAGGGAUGAUCGAAUGGGGCAAAUAUUAAAAACUGAAAAAAUGCCUAGGGCUUCCAACGAUACCCCCAAAAAAUGCCUGGACCAAAAAUUAACCCCCAAAAUAUCCUCUGCUGAAUUUCCAAGCCUCAAAGUUUUCCAGAAAGCAUAAAAUGAUAUAACACGAAAACUAGAUUACAAAUUGAACGUUUGUGUUUGCGGCUUUGAUACGUGGGCAUUACAAUGAGUCUUCAGAUUGUUUUUUAUACCCCAAAAAAUCCCUACUUAAAUCAGGCCACACAAAAAAAUACUUGCCAAAUUUUUCUACCCAAAAAUAAAAAUAUAUAAAAUAAUCCUUGGAUCAUCCCCAUCACUAACCCCCUAGCAACCCCCCCCUCCCCCGUAGUAUCCACUGUAGAGGGGGAGUGGGAUGGUAAUUCUGAGCUUUUAGACCAUUAGACUACCAUCUUUUGCAUUGUCUAAAUUCAUAUUUUGCUUCUUAAUUACCAGGCUUUCCAAACUUUUGAUGCAGAGAAGACACAGACCAUCACUCAGAGUGAAUUUAGAAGAGCGCUUGAGUCUUUCUGUAUUCCAGUCACAGAUGAUCAGUUUGAGCAACUUCUUAGAAAGGUAAAAUCGCAUUGAGAGUUGUUAACUGAACUUCCAGUUGAUUAGACAGCAUGUGUGAGUACCCCAAUGUACAUAAGUUGUGUACUUCAAGGUAUUUUUACGUAAGCUUUAUAAUGUGUGUCUGCGAUGUCUACUUAACAUUUUUCAAUGUCUUAAUUACUUCGGCAACAUUCCUCUUCAUAGUACUAAGUAUCACAAAAUAAUUUACAAGUGUGUUGAUGCUUUAUCUGUAUUUAUGUGUUGUUGGCACAAGGUUGGAACUAACAGAGAUGGGACCAUAUCAUACUUGGAAUUUUUAGAGAAGUAUCAUCAAAGAGGAGGCACACCAGAUGGAUUGCGAAUGUUAGGAAGCUUGCAGAAGUAAGUUAGGUCCCUUUAAAGUUUGUUUUUUGGUUAAUCAAGUGUUUUGUCUCCUUGUUUGAGGAGUCUUCCUGGCAAUUUCAGAAGGAGGAAGAGGUCAAGUGCCUAUGACAUGGGCUUUAGGCUUACUCUAAAAGCUAGUUCUAGGCAAAUUAUGUCAAUAAUGGGCUAUCUUCAGGGGUUUUUAUUAACCAUAAAUAAUCAGAAGUAAAGUUACGUGUGCAGUAGGCAGCGACAAAACCAGGAUCAAAUGGCCUGUAAAUCACUUAUAAAUGACAAAAAGUAGGGAGUCAGAGUUUUAAAAGCUAAAGGUGGGUGGGGCGGGGGUGGGGGCUUGGUUAAUCCCACCCAGAUUUUGUGAAUGCUGUGUCUAUGCAGUGAAGGUAGGCUUAGGGCAGUUAUUUAUUGCAUGCAUGUAGAAAUUUGAUAAAUCAAUGAUUAUAGUAAUAACUAUAGAAGAAAGGUGUUUGACUACAGAUUUUCUUUGUUACUAGUACCCACUAAUUUCUAAUGAAACCACAUUUAAAAUGGCGCUUUCAUAAUAAAUAUACAGUGGAACCCCAUUAAUACAGUAAAUAAAUAUAAAAAUUGGCUGUAUUAUGACUGGAGGGCUGUGAUGACAAAUACACCUUACAUCGCAUUCACAUUUCUUGAACAACUGUUCUCAUUAAUAAACAACCAGAAUGAAGAUAUCAUGUGUACACAGUAAUAUUAUUGAAAAAAACUACUUAAAAUUUUCCUCCAGUAAAUAAAACACUUUUAAAAGUCAGCUAUAGAAUCGCACUAAGAGCACUUUAUGUGUACUGUAGUCUAAAAACAGUACAAGAACAGGCUCAGAACACUAGGUCAAUAAAAUUGACAUGUCACAGGCAUAUUAAUUUUUUGAAUUUUUGAACAAGUGGUAAUGGGGUGAAAUGUUAGAGAUUUUACGGUUUGGGAUUUUAAAAUGUGGCUGUUGACUGUAUUAAUGGGUGACCACAUUAACAGGGUUUUUUAUAAGGAAAUGUACGGCCGUUUUGCUGGGCUGAAAAAAAGUGGCUGUAAUAAUGAGGUGACUGUAUUUACAAAGGUGGCCGUAAGGCUGGAUUCCACUGUAAUGGAAUAUGAAAAAGUAAGAAUAGUGAAUCAUUGUUAUGCUAUUUUUUUUCAUUGCAUCAGAUUCAACCAGACAAAAUCUCCUCGAGAUCAAGUUGCUAUGGAUGAGAUUGAAGAUCGGUUAAGAAGAAAGGUAAGAAUUUCUUCUAUUUUUUAUUUCUUUUAUUUUUUGAAUGGGGUGUUAUUUUAUGUGCAUUAGAUCUGAUUAUUUUGCAAGUUUUUGGGUUCUAAUGAAAAAUGGUUAUGGUGAUAAAAAAUUCUGGAGUGGUGCCUAUUAAAAUGUAGCGUUGAGCACAUGAACAGUGUACACAAUGUACAUGUUUACAACAGUUUCCCUUUCCAGUUUGGUUACUUCUCAAUUUAACCUUUUCAUUCUACAGAUGAUUUGUAGUCAUUUAUAAAAUAGGAAACUUUAAUUGGUUUCUAAGCUUUACGUACUAAGUACUAUUAAAAGUAUGGUUAUGUGUAUUAAUUAUUGUUGGUGGUGUUGCUUUUAGAUGGGAGGCCAGUUCCAGAGUGUAUUGAAGGCAUUGAGAUUAUUUGAUUAUAACAGAGAUGGCCAAAUACAAAAACACGAGUUGCGCCGUGUCAUAGAGAACUUUUGUUUCAGACUAACGGAUGAACAGUUUAACAAGUAAAUAUAUUUUCUGGUCGUUUUUUCUUAUGCCUUUCCCUGUAUAAAUGAGUACUGACUACAUGCUCUGUACUUCUUGAUGAUAUAUAAAGUCUUCAAUCAAAAUAGAAAUAAACCAGCCAGCAUACUUUCCUGAAUUCUGCAAACUAAAUGGUUUUUAAUACCUUAAUUGUACAUACUCAAAAAACAACUUUUCUUUAAUUUUCUAAGAGACAAAUAGUCAACGUAUUUGUACUUAACUUACCUUUCUACUAUUGGCGAGUAGAAAACUCGUGAAAACUGAUGAAAACUCUUUUCAUGGCCUAAUAUUGUGAAAUAGAAAGUUGCACAAGUUUUUAAGUUUAACUUAAGAAAGAUAAGUAAUAAGAAGUGUAAGUGAGAAUAGGUUUGAUUGUCUAGUGCAUGAACUGAAUUGACAACAUUAAUUUUUCUAAUGCCAAGUUGGACUCAAUUCAAGCUAAACUGUUUGACUUUGCUUUUAUUGAGCUAUUUUGAAAAAAUAGCCCAUAUGUCAGUGGUGUUACCGGCCAUUUUACAGACAUUCCAAUAAAAAAUUGAAACUUGCUCCAGCUGACAAAUCACCAUGAUUAUGAAUUAUUAUGAUGGCACCAAACCAAAGUUUUUAUUUUAUGAUUGAAUUUUAUUUUCUUGACUAUUUUGAAAAACCUUUGCUUGUUAGAAGCUACAUGUAAAAUACUUUUUUAAAUUUAAUCAUAGAUUGUGGUGUAAAUAUGACAUGACACGUAAUGGUCAUACCCUGGAGUAUAUGGAUUUCCUUAAACGACUUGGAGUAAAUGCAAAGCCCAAAAGUCAAAUAAAGAAAGCAGGUAGGUCAUCUUCAGUUGUAUCUUUGUGUGAAUGUCGCUCGUUUCCAUAGUGUUAUACUUUCUAAAAUACAGUGUAUGUAGUACAUUCGUGUGCAUUAAAAAGCCAUAAGAUUAAAUCCAUGGUAUUGGACUUGGUCGAGAAAUCAAACCUCAUGGUAGGGGUGACUUUUGAGGAAACUUUAACUAUUUCAAUAUUAUUGUGUUGCAAUAAACCACAUGGAUAUUGCGAUAGUAUUGUGAUAGUGGAGGUACUAUUGCAAUUGUAUUGCGAUAGUUUUCAUGAAUGUCUGUUUUUACUUUAGUUUAAUAAUGCCUUAUACUUUAAGAAAUAUUUAAGAAGUGGUGGUCAUACAAUAUGGGCACCACAUUGUAUGCGGUUCAAGAAUCAAGAUGCCAAAACAUUCUAGGUGCAGUAGGGGCAGUAGAUUGUUUUUAGUUUCUUUUUUAUCAUUAUUGUUACCUUAAGAAUCAAAGAUGGGUAAAAAAGGUGCCUUUAUUUUCCAAAGAAGUCAAAAUGUGACGAGUAUAGAAACUAUCAAAACUUUUGAUAGUUCGCUACACUAUGUCUAUCAUGAUUGUUAUCAAUGUUUCAUUUGUUGAGUUUUUACCUUUUUAAUAGAAGUCUGGGUGUCCAGAAACCAAAAAAAACUGAACACAACGAAUCAAUCACAUGGCGAAAAAAAGGCACAAGUUCAAAAAACUAGAUCGAGGCGAUGAGGUAUCUGCCAUAACACAUUAUGCAUCGGAAUAAAUUAACAUCAGUGCAUAAAUAAACGGUUCAACAACAAUGUCUUUUUCAACAUCAUUUUUGCUAUCAAUCUAUCGCUAUCGCAGCAUCAUUAUCAUGAUAAAUCGAUAGUUCAAUGUAUUCUUACAGCUUUAAGGCUCAUGGACAAUUUUUCAACUCUCAAAAAGUGCAAGAAUAAAUUUAAAUGCCUUUGUCUAUACAAACUGUGUUCAACAGGAAACAAACUAUCGCUAAAGGUACAAUCAGACUGGAUUCGUGCAAAGCUAUUCUACAUGUACUUGUAUCAGGACUUCUGCAUAAUAAUCAAGCAUAUACAAUGUCAUCCAAUUUAUUCAAACCUCAACUGGUUUAACAGUUUUGACCCUUGCUAGUUUCUUUCUUGAUAAUGAUGUUAGAAACAUCAGAAUGUUGAAUAAUGUUACUUUUAAUUUUUCUUAUUGGAUUUGAAAACAAAAUUACAUUAAGUUUUAUAGUGUUGUGAUCAUUGUGUUGAUUGUGUUUCCACUCUUGACCAACUUUUGCUAAUGAAAUUUAUCUAUUUGUGAUGAUAGCAAUCAUUUUAGUCUUAAUAUUAUUGAUGUAUAGUUAGCUAAUUUCUACUUUUGCAACUGUCUUUUUUAAAACCUCUGCUAUGCCAUAUGUGGAGGCAGCUUGGCCGAGUGGUUAAAGUGCUGGACUUGCUCUUUGGAGGCCCCGAGUUCAAGUCCCCCUCUGACCGCUAGCUGGAUUUGUUCAUGGUAGUCCUGAGGUCAAAUCCUUGGCCAUGCUUGUAAAUACAUAGCUAACUGCUUUUCCUGCAACCAGUUGUGAUUCUCAUAACCCUGUUAUUUUGAUUUAGAUUAUUAAUUUGUUUCAGACAUUUUCUUGGCCUACUAGGAUUAGUGCUAUAAAUACAGCCAAGAGUAAAUAAUGGAAUUAUUAUUAUUAUUAUUAUUUCCAUUGCUUCGAAAAUCGCUUGCAAAGAAAAUUCCUUGUUUCCUUUCAUGAUCUUGGCAUGCCUGUACUUAAGGGCCUGGGAGAGAGAAGUUUUUCUCUUCUCUCUCCAAAUCCCUUAGGUUUAUUCGUGCCUCUGUUUACUAUGUGUGAGAAAAUGAGUAUAUUAAUAUUAUUGUUAAAAUAAUUUCAAUAAGUUUAUUUUUCAAAAAACAAUUUUGGUCAUUUUUUGUAUAACAGCAAUAUUAUGAUAAUGCAUGGGUAAUAAUACUGCAAUGUAAACAGUAUAGUUUAACUGGUGCAGGUAGAUGUCAAAUAUUUACUCUAUUAUACUAUAAAAUAUUUAUACUGUUUGUGUUGAGCCACAAGGGAUAAUGGCUCCAUUAUCUAAAAUUAUCUAAUGCAGUUAAAACUAAUUAUAAUUUUAAUCUUCAGUGUUUGAACUUCUCACACUUAACAAAAUAAGUGCCAUGAUUUGAAGAAAGUGGAAGGGGUUUAAUUACCACAAGGUUUUAGGACUAGUUGAGAUUGAAUGUAGAAAAGAGUUAUUGCUGUGGUUCAAAAUUUAAUCAGUUUCCUGCUUAAGUUAAGAAGGUAAUUAAAUAUUAACUUUUUACUUGUCACAAAUUAUUGUAACAAAACACCAUAGCAACAUUGCUACCACUCCAAUAACUUCCUCAAGCGACAAACAUCUGCCCUCAAACGCUUGAAGACAUAAAAGUCUAAACUACUUUCUGCAUCGUUUUCUGAAUUGAUCCAUUAGAGUUUGUGAUCAAAAUGUUUUUGGCCAUGGAUGUUCCUUUCAAACUUGGAGCACAGCUGAAAAGACCAAAUCAAGGCUACGCUGUUGAUAAUUUAAAAAAUAGUUUUUCAUUUUACAAACCAACGGAGAAGCAUAAUUUACAAACAAAAAGUCGAAAAAGGUCUUUGACUUUCCCAGUCAUAACGAGAAAAAUGCCUCUCGGCCAAAUGUUAUUGCAAGACCAUGUUGGUGAAGGGAAACUAUUUGCCUACUCAUUGGAAGGAAAGAAAUUGACUUAUGAAAAAAACAGGAAAACUCCGAAGACAAUUUACAAACUUCACAAGAGACCACAGAGUAUGCUUUUAGUAGAGUCAUUAUAUUAAUGAUUUUGUACAAAAUGUAUUUUUUUGUAUUGACUACUUCAUUGUCAGUUGAGUAUUUUGGUAUUACGGAAGCUGAAUUAUUUUUCAUUGUUUGCAGAAGUUAUUGCAGAAACAUUGUUAGGUGUAUUCUUGUGGAUCCACUAUCAAAGAUUAUUAUACUGCACUUUUGUCAAGUUUCCAAACGUUGGAAGAAUUAAGACUGGUUUGCCAAAAAUAACCUAAAAGGAUGUUUGAAGAUAUUUUUUGUGUAAGCAAAAUUAAAUGCCAAGGCAUAGCUUGUAAUUUAAGUCACCUUUAAUAAUAUUGUUUUGUUUGCCAAAACCUAGUUGAGGAUCAGCAUCUAGUGAAGCUUGCAGCAGUAAACAGCAGACCACGAUCAAGUCAUGCCACCAAGCAAUCUACUCCAGUACUCACAAUAACAGACUUGGAACAGAAACUCAGAAAGAAGGUACACUGGUUAAGUUUAGUUGUUGACCCUUUUAGUUCCUAUAGUGACAAAAAUUAAUUUCCUCCAAACAAAAUUCAAAGCACAGUCAAGUAGAAAGGUUAUGGGAAUUAAAGGUAAUAUUCAGUAGUAAAAUGCUUUGAUCUUUUAACAGUUGUUUGAUCCAACUUUUCUUUAUGUACAACCUGUAUGGAUAUCAGUGUGGAGAAUUUGUAUGUAGUAGUAGUUGUAGUUUGUUUACCCACGAAGCAAUUAGGAGUUCUUGAGAAAUCGUUUAAACAUGUCCGUGCGUGACGGUUGGAAUUUGGAAGUGCUGGUUUUUGAGGAGAGGGGAAAACCCAAGUACAUAGAGAAGAAACUCUUGGAGCAAUGGAGAGAACCAACAACAAACUCAACCCACAUAUGGCUUCAAUGCCGGGAUUUAAACAACAGGCCACAUUGGUGGGAGGCGAAUGCUCUUACCACUGCACCACCCUUGCACCCACCCUUGCUGGGUUAAAUGUACUGUAAUUUAUGCAAGAGAUUUAUUCAACUAGAUGGUUUGUGUAAAUAGAAAGCACUCCGAUACUCAGCUUUCACAAUUCUAACAAUUCUUUUCUCUCACCUCAGAUGCUUGAAAACCAUGGCAACAUAAGCCGUGCAUUUGUGGCAUUUGACAAGCGCGGUGAUGGCUUUGUCACCCUGGAUGAACUCAAACGAGUUCUCUUUAACUUUGCCUUUCCAAUGUCAGACAAAUUGUUUUUGGAGCUUAUGGACAGGUAAUGGUAAAAGAAUUUUGUUAGUUUACAUUAGUUCAGUUCAAUUUAUUCACACUUAUUCAAGUCAGGUCUGUGCUUAAACCACUCCAAUAUCCCUUUGCUACUUUAAUACUUUGGUCUAAAUGCAACCAGGAAGUAGAUUUGGCACUAAACUGAUAUACUAGACACCCUGGAUUUAUAGCUUCAAAGCUUAAACUGGGCUUUGCUUAACAAUUAUUAGAGCCCUGGCAUGUGGCUGUGUAGUCAUAAUUUGCUGCUCUUUUCUUAAGUGUUUACGUUUUGUAAGAUAAUACACUAAAAUUGGCAGAUAGGGUUUCUUCCAUUGCAACUUGCAUGCCUAUGAAUACAAUUAAAUUGCAUGUACAUGUAUUAAGCUAUUUUAUUGCCUUUACAGAUGUGGGAUCCGGGCUAAUCACAAAAUAUCAUACCAACAGUUCCUCAAUAAAUUCCAAAUGCCAGUUAGCAAGGGAAAUGGACAGACUAUUCCAAUCAAACCAAGUCACCAGUAUGUUCUUUUGUGACUAUUUUGUGAUGUCAGUUAGCUCAUUUCAGAAGUAAAAAUAAUUCGAUAAUAGUGGGGAUGGCAAAUAAGAUCAGACAUACACUGUACAUGUGUGUACAAAAGUACCAAUCUCUGAAAAUUUUGGUACAUGAGUGAUCUUGAGGUAUUCUUGGGGUGUUAAAAUUUUGCAUCUGUUUUGUACUACUCUAUCAUCAGUCUCACCGAGUUUAUUUUUUUGUCACUAAAUUUGGAAUUUAAACACAAGUCUACAUAUCUUAGCAAGUCUUGGAAACUUUAUUUAAGCUGGUUGUUAAGCUCCUUUUAUAUGUUGGUGCCCAUAGUUGUUUGCCGAAAUGAAUAUUCAGUAUUUUGUGCUUGGUGAUAAUAUCUUAUUGAUCAAUCUUUCCUUGAACACAUUGCUAGGUACAACCCAGUACGUGAGGCAGAAGCCAUGCCAACAACAGAGGAUAUUUGGAAGCUUCUUCAUGAUAAAAUUAUGAACAGCUUCUCAUCUGUCAAGCAAGCAUUUCUUGUUUUUGAUGACGUAAGUAACUAAAAAAUAAAUGCAUUAACUUUUAAAAAUUUAUGUUCAUUUGAAGUAAUGUAAGUGCGAUAGUACAUAUGGCAGUGUUUAUGAACGUAUUUUCAGGAAGCUUGAUCUCUAUGUUUCCAUUCUGCCAAUGUGUUUUCCAGAAAAAUCUCUCUCCCAAGUAUGCCUUUGAGAAUACCUUUCAAGUUCAUACUUUGUUUGAAGAGGUUUGAAUACAGUCCGAUACUUUCUUUCAACUCACCCUCUGAAUUUCCUUUAACCCAUUCCUGAUUUGGCUUUUUCAUGGAACCUAACAUGCCCGUUAAGCCUGUCACAAAAUCUUAGAAUAACUCUCAGCCAUAUUCAGGGCUCCACAUAAAGUUUAAAAAAAUCUAUUCAUAGGAAAUGGUUAACUAGUGCCUUUAAGGGCUGUGCUCUAGCUGAGCCCAGUGGCCCCUGGGGCCCAACUUUUCCUCUUGAGUGACGCAGAAGUCUUAUUUUCUUUUCAUACAAAUCAUAUGCUGGGCACCCUAGAUUUUACAGGUUCAGAACACUGGGCUUCCUUCAAUUUUCCUUAGAGCACAGCCUUGGCCUUAUUCAUGUGUACUGUUGCUUUUGCUGCAUACAAAGGGAACAUGAACUAUAUUUAUCAUAUGUAUCCCUAUAUUAAUUAAUUAUAUUAUAACAACUGUUUGCGUUGCAGAAUAGAGAUGGGCGUGUCACCAAACGUGAUUUUAGACGCGUGUUGGAAAGCUUCUGUUUUCGAAUGAGCCAACAGCAGUUUCAUGAGCUGAUGGCCAUGAUUGAUCCCUACAACAAAGGUUAUGUGUCCUAUUUGGAAUUCCUGGACAGAUUUGAGCAAAGAGAAACAAAGGUAAUAUAUAGUGCAGUAGUGUUUAGUAAACGACCAGACGGUCCAGCUCUAUUGAACGAAAUAUCUUUACCUACCCUACCGCCUUGAAGAUUAAUUUUGUCAACCCCACCCCUUAAGUCCAGGGUUAAGGGAAAAAAACAGGAAGAACUCAAAUUUUGUUUCCUCAGGCCCAUUUCAUCUUUGUCAGAGUUUAUCAUUUACUGAGAAGGUGACUUUCCUGGGUCUUAUCCCUAAAUCUUGGCAAGCGCGCAUGACAAGUUACUUGCCCUACAGGAAAAGUUCUUACCAGAAGUGAUUUUGUUCGAGCUUUAAGAAUUGAGGAAUUCCAAAGCCACAAUCCUGGCCAAAAGGUUUUGGGACAAGUCUUUUUCACGUGGUAUAUAUUGGAAUUUGCAGCUAACCAGCAAUACACACUGAUAAAGACGGCCUUAAUAAGAUUUCCUUUAUGAUUUACUUUAUGUGAGCGCUUUUUAAAACAUCCAAUGUUUAUAAAUCAUUUGCAAUGUAGUAGUUAUCUCGACAGAAAAGGAAGGACACUUGCUGUGCCAAAAUCUAGAGGUUGCAGUAACUUAUUAUAAAAACCUACUUGAUUGCUACUAAAACUGUUUUUGCUGUGUUAUGUUUCUAGGAUGCCCACCCAUGGCUGAUAUCAGAUCACUCACCCAAAAGUGUUUCUCCUCCUGCUGUGAUGGCCUGGUCAACUGUAAGUUCCUUGAUUGUCUACUGCUGGUUUCUGAUAAAAAGUACACAAACCUAACAAAAUUGGCAGUAUUGAGCAAUUUCCAAACAACAUGUAGCCCACCUUUUUUUCAAAAUGAGUUCUGGUGCUCAUUCUUUCAUAUGAAAAUAAGUUGUCAUUCAAAUCACAUGCAGAAGUAAAUUUAUUUUCAUACGAAUGGGUGUGUACCAGACCACGCUUUGCUGAGGAUGCUCAGAACAACUCCCAAACUGGCUGUCGAUGAAUUUGUACAAGAGGUCAUUCCUCAGCAGGCAAUUUUGAUGCCAUGGGCCAUAGCUACUGAAUUACUCUCGGCCUAACGUACACUAGGGCUAACACUCAAAGUAUCAAUUUGAUGUGAUAUAUUGCAAAAGUACAAGUCUCUUUCGGAAUCAGUGAAUAAAAAGAUACUAUUUACCAUACUUGCGUGAUGUAGAUUUUUUUCUGGUUUAUUUGUAGGUGGAAGACAUCUUACGAUCCAAGAUCACAGAUAAUUGGAAGGCAAUAGCAUCAGCUUACCUGGGUAUUGACGGUGAUAGAGAUGGCUCCAUUUCACGUAACGAACUAAAGCAGCUACUGGAAAGAUACUGCCUUCCUGUUUCAGAGGACCACUUUGACCUGUAAGUCCCAAUAUGCAGGGGUGACGUUUAAGGCCAGUUCAUUUUUAGUCUGUUUCAGGCUCCGAGAUAAUCGCAGUGUGCAAAGAAAGUCAUUUUUACAGCUUGCCAUUCGGGCAAGCUGAAGCUAGCAUUUACUAGGCCAAACGUCAUUAAACUAGCCCCCCCCCCCCCAAAUUUUUUAUGAGAAGUUGAAUUUCUUGAAUACUUUGAAUACUUCACUUCGGGCAAGUUAAGAACAGAAUUCACCAGCCCGAUGGUAAAAUCCAUUAGCCCCGGGCUAUCGGACACUACUUUCUUCGCGUGCUGUAGUCGUUUCCGCGAAUUGGAGAAAGCGCGAGCACGAACAUUAAACGGGAGGGAACUGGGGAGAGGAGGUGCUCCCUUCCUUUUUUCCCGCCAUCGUUCCCUUUUCCCAGGCUCGCGUUCAGAUUUUCGCGUGCCGUUCACUAACGCGUCAUCGUUACCAUCUGAUAGCCUGGAACAGGCUAAUUCAUUGUUUACAGUACUAAUAGGCCACUUCCGAGUUCCAAAAACCCUCACUUUCAUAAUAAGGUUCAAGUGCGCAACCUUUGUUGUGAAAAUGAGUUUUAUUUGCAUGAGAAUGACAAAUUAAUUCCAUAUCAAAGGCUGAGCACCUAACCUCGUUUUGAUACAGAGGUUAGGGGAACUCGGAAAUGGCCUAUGUAUUGACUAUGUAUCGUAUUUAUCUUUGCAAGGAUGUGGAGUCGCUGUGAUGAGAAUGCAGAUGGUACGAUUGAUUUUCAAGAAUUUCUUAGUAAGCUGGUAAGGGGAACUUCAUGUAAUUUGCAGUGUAGUAAUCCACAAGGCCGAUUUACAUGGCACAACUUUGUUGCAUGCGAUGACCUUAUCAUAAGCCUACGACACUUAGUUCGAAAGAUACCUAAAUGUCUGGAGUUUAAUCGCAUCCUCUGACGAUACGCAACUCACUUUGACUCAGAGGUAUUAGUCUUUCUCGUAGCAGUCCCAUCCAAGACUACUCUUCUACACAACUUUCAUACGCGAUAUAGCUAUGACUUGGCUCAUCGGUUCAAACCGUUCACGAAUUUUAACAUAUCCUAUCUUCAGGGCGUAGAUAUUAUUGGGGGAGACAUCAAUGGGUUGAGCACUCGAAUUCACGAUGAAAACGAAGCAAAAGUGCAGUUCAUGAAGCAGGAUCAGUCUACGAGGUACGAAUCUUAUUGAAUAAUGAGACAGUCAAAUUUUGCAAAAAGCUUUUAACAAUGGUAUCAGUGAAGUGCACGUGGUGUUAAAAUUUGUUUUUCAUUUCUUUGCUUAAUCCCGGGCUACUUUUUAAUGGUUGCAAUUUUUCAGAUUGGAAUUGGCAGAGGAGAGAGCACAAAAUCUGACUGGCCAGAAAACAGCCAAUGAAUGCAUGGAUAUACUCAAGGUAUUUAUGAAUAUUUGAAUAUUUGAAACACUCGACACCGUGUUUCAUAUCAUAUUAUCAAGGCAUAGGUUGAAAAACCUCCGUUCUGCCUUAUUUUCACGGUAUAUGCAUUUACUUUUCAGGAGUACAUUGCCCAGCGGUCUCCAGAUUUCAGAAAAACGUUUGUAAAAUUUGACAGUGAUGGAGAUGGGAAAAUUUCGAGAAAAGAAUUCAGAAUGGUAUGUGUUAAUUUGGUUUUAGUCAAGGGAAAAAAUAGGUUCAAAGAAGAUGAUUAGCCUUUGUGUGAAAUGUUCGUGUAUUUAUCUAUUUAUUUCUUUUUAACUUCCGUAGGUGUUGGACAGUCUGGGUCUAUACAUGAAUGACGAUCAAUUUCGCAUUCUAAGCGCAAGGUACACUUUCUUUGCUGUGAUUGGUUAAUUCUUAGAGCUCGCUGCCUUCCUCACUAGCCUGUUCACAAACUCUCUAUUUUCUCUUUAGAGACCGUCGAGCACGCGUAUGAAAUGGAAACCGCGGGGGGGAUAUUGAUCGCUCGUUCUUGAGUGCUCGCUUCGCUCUAGUGCUCACAAAAUUCGGUUAAAAAAAAAAACAAAGCAAAGAAGAUAAAGGAAAAAAAAUCUGUUGAUAGGCUAUCACCCGCAGGUUUUUCUAAGGAGAAGCGAGGGAGGAGCGAGGAGCGUGGACUUAAGUGCGGGGGGUUGGAGAUGAGCACGGAGCGCGAGCAGGGGAUGGUGGGAAGCCAAAAUAGAGAAAAGAGAAAGUCGCUUUUCUUUUCUCUUCUUUUGUCUCUCCCUCCAACCCUGCUUCCCUCAAUGAUAAACUAAGAUGUCUCCAAAUUAGCGAUCGCGAGCGGCGGGGGCGAGGCAUUAUAGCUGGGAAAUUCAAAAGAUCGCAGAUUACUAUGGCUAAUGAUUUGUAUAACUGUCUACUUCUUCAGGCUGGGAUUUCACAAAGGAAAAUCGUCUUACAUGGAAUUCUUGGACAACUUUCAGGAUCGACGUUCGUUUGGUGUGGGAGAGAGGGUGACAGAGUACCCAAGCCACAGGUACAAUGUUUUGCACCUUCUGAUCCAACUCCGUGUACACUGCUGAUAACGCGCAAAAAAUUACAAAAAUAAGUAAACAUUACUCAACUUUACUGAUAAGAACAGAACAAACGUGAAACAACAAUUUGUGGAAUAUUCACUUUAAUUAUCGUUUGACAGACCUAAACUUGAGGGCCACCUUGAAGAUAGAAUCUUAAAUCAAAGACGUGCACUUAUGGUUGAGAUUUAGUAGAAGAGUAAUUUCAAAUAAAACUGAACCUUAUUCCAGGGUUUUCUUUGAUUCCAAUGUGUUUUUUAGAGUUUUAAAGUAAUCUAGUCUAAUUUCUUUAGAAUUUUACAGGUGUGAUACCUUUAAAGCUUAAGACCACAAGGGAAAUUUCGUUGUAUGUCAGUCACCAGCACACAACCCUGAGGGUCACAUCACUCCAGAUCUGAUUCUGAAGAAGUAAACUGAGAGACGUUUAUCUUUUCCCCUUUUUCAGGUAUAACCGUCCAAUUCCUCAGGAGGAGUCCAUGAAAGCAAGUGUCGUGGAAGCAAGACUGCGAACCAAACUUAGGGAGAACUUUCAGGUAAAAUAAACCGAGAAUUUAUCCUCAUUCAAACUUGCUUUUUUAACUACUCUACAACCGAAUCAUCUUUUCUUUCGGUAAUUUUUUUUACUCUGAUCACUGUUUUUAGACAUGAGCACAUGGCGAUGUUAACUUUUGUCAUCUAAAAUCUUCUUUCGUACUUUUGUUCUUGUGUUCCGCAGGAUUUGCGUGCAGCGUUCCAAAAGAUUGACUUUGAUCGCAACGGCCUCAUAACUCGACCAGAAUUCAGGCGGAUCCUGGACUCAUUCAUGUUCAUGUUAUCGGAUGAAGACUUUGACAAACUGAUGACGAACCUUGGCAUACAAAAGGGAGCUAAACUAAACUACAGAGAAUUCCUUAAACGGUUCGAACAUGUGGAAAAGGUCGAAGAAGGACAUCCUUGGUUGUACUCAAAUCACAGGUAAAGGAAAUUGUUAAAAUAUAACAAUCAACCGUCACUGUCGUCAGGCUAAAGCUCCCCCAGUAUCGCUGAGUACAGCUACACGAGCCUGUUGCCUUGAUUGUAAUACCCAUUGGCUCUUUUCACACCAGAGACGGAUUCAGAUUCAGGCACUAAAGAGUGUGAUACAGUUUUUAAAAAUCUUCUUUCUGUCAAGGAAUUUGACAUUGAUGGGGUUUUUUGUCGUUUCCUUACAUGUAGCUUUAACGAAACGCAAGAUCUGAACUACAUGACUGCAGAACAGGCAGACGAGGUCAUCAAAAGAAAAGCUUGGGAACAAAACGAAGAUGUAGCUAAAGCCUUCCUGACCUUUGAUCGUGAUGGGAAUGGUAUUGUCUCCAAGAAAGAGCUCAGGAAAGUCCUGUAUAAAUACCAGAUACCGCUCAACAAAGAAGAGUUCACUAAACUUUGGAACAAGUAUGUUAUUAGUUCAGCCUAACCCUUAAAGCUCUAGAGGUAACACAGUCCAAUUUCUUUUUAUAAAUAAAUAUGAUUGUAUCAUUAAGCAAAUAAGUCAUGAGAACAAAGGAUGUGUCAUAGAUAAAAUUUCUUGAUUUUAGGUCAUUUUAAACCAAUUCUUGUCAUCAAUUCCAUAAGAAACUUUUAGAGAACAGUUAGAAAAAAUAAUGUGCUGAUGUUAGAGUUAACUAGACUUAAACGCGCUUUGCAGUUUCAACUGUGAUGUGUCCUUAGGUGGCAGAAUUCAGGAAAAUGGUUUAAGUAAGAGGCAAGAAGUUAAGAAAAAGUAGCAAAACAAAAUUGUGCAAAUGUCAAAUGAGGGAACAUCUCGAUGGCUCGUUGAGUGAACCUGUCGAUUGGUCGUAUUUCAAUAAAGAAUAACAAAACACAGAAAGAUAGGUGCUGGAAUGCUACAAUUAGAAAUUAUUGAAUGGUAAAGAGCGCGUGAGACAGUCUUUCUCACUCUCUUUUCCCACCUCUCACUUAAACAUGUAACCGAACUCCCAGGAGAAGCUAUUCACAAUUCAGUCAGCAGAAUGCGUGUUAUACGUCACUUUCGUUGUUGUCUUUUUGUUUCUUUAAUUAUCACUUUUUUCUUUGUGCAGAUAUGAUACUGAUGGCAAUGGCUAUGUAGAUCAUAAAGAGUUUCUGGCCAAGUUAGGAGGAGAGCUAGCUCCCGGUGAUAUACAUGGACACAGUACACAGAUAGCACAGCAAAGUCAACAGGUUCUAGAGAGCAUGUACAGAAACCAACAGGUGUGUACUCAUGCUAGCUAGUAUUUGUGACGAGUGUGCGUAAUUAUGAUAUCGCAUAAAUUAUGCUUAAUACCGACACCUCAUUAUUACGGACAGCGUGCUCUGUCGCUGGGGAAAGAAAGUAGUUACAUGUUCUCUUUAAAUUCAACCCGCUUAGAAUAGGCACUUUCUAUGACCCCCUCAGUCUCCGUAUUAACGGGGUUUGACUCUGUAAUUAUUACACGUUACUCUACUCCAAUCCUACUAAAAUAAUUUUUUGAUCGAACUACAUUUUUGAAGUGCAACACGCUCUUUUUUGGAGGAUCGUUUCUUACCUAUGGUUCGGGAUGGCCCUCGAGAUAACUUUGUAGUGUAUUAACGACUAAUCGCCUCGUAAUUUUUUUCACUUAAUAAAGGAUAUGCACUUGGCUGCCACGUGGAAUCAGGCCCAGGCUGCCUCUUUCUUGUCCGCUCUUGAGGUCGAGCAACAGUUGAGGUAAGUGGUCCCUUGAAUUUCUAGCUACCUAUGGCAUUAUAGGGGAGGGGGGGCAAGGGUGGCGCCGUGGUGAGAUCACUUGCCUGCCAACAAUUUGGCCUGGUGUCGACGCCAUAUGUGGGUUGAGUUAUUUGUUGGUUCUCUCCCUUGCUCCAAGAGGUUUUUCUUCGGUUACUCCUGUUUUCCCCUUUCCUCAAAAACCAACAUUCUCAAAUUCCAAGUAGACCAGGAAUCAGACAAAAGGCCACUAUGUGGAUGCGCUUCCUAUAAAUCGUUAUUAUUAUAGCAAGUAUUAUACCGGCCGAUUCAUGGGUUCUUGAGACCAAAGCGUGAAAUUUCUACCAUUUAUUUUCUGUAAUACAGUACCGUAUCCUUAAUCCCCUCCGAUGUGGUAAGAUGCCAACUUCAGCCCUCUUAUGUCUUCUCUUAAUUUCCAGGGAUUCAUUAUUACUUUGAUUUGCUGUUUUGUCUCGUUUUUCGACUGUAGAGAUCGUUUUCGAGACGGCUAUGAAAGUCUGAGGAAAGCAUUUGAGACCGUUGACACCAACAGGGACGGAUACAUCUCAAGACAUGAGCUUCAGAAAGUGCUAUUUGACUUCCACUAUUUUUUGGAUGAUGUGCAGCUCAAUAUACUCCUGGACAGGUCAGUAUUGAUCACUUUUGCGAUUAUUAUUAUUAGUUUCUUGAAUUUUUGUUUCCUGAAUUCGCAAAAUUGGUUAACCACAGAUACUCGUGCAUAGAGUAUAUAAGUGGACGUCGUAACUAUCCCUGGAUUUGCGCUAAUCGCCCUUUGAUCAACUCAUGAGGAGGAAGAGCACAAAACAGAGCAAAAGGUGAUAGGGGCAGCAUGAAAAAUGUUCCAGGAUUCACUUAACCUUCUUACUUCUAAAUAUUGGUUAUCUAGGGUGCCGCGGUUCCGGUUUCGGUCAAGUCUUUCUACUGACGCGCGCGAAAAUAUUUUUCUCGCGGCCUCACGGCUCGUAACUUCGCCCUGCGCUCGACUCCUAAACAUUCCGCUACGCGCGCCGGGGGAAAAAAACCUAGGGUUUCUACGGCACAACUGGAACUCUAAUAAUGCUUGGUCCAUGUGCAUCAGUUGACAAUCCCGUCUUUGUUUCCUGUAGGUGUGGACUAUCGCAUAAGAGCAAACUGUCCUACGAGAAAUUCCUGAGCGCUUUUGAGGAUAACAGGCAUGCAGGUUAUGGCCGCGUUACCCUGGACACGCCAGGUAAAGUCGUCACGCCUGUUGUAUUUGAGAGACACGAUUCUCUUACCCCAGAAGCAGCCAUCAACAGACUAAGAAGCAAGAUCAGUGAGAAUCCUGAAACCAUUCAGAGGGUAAGUGUACUUAUGUCCAGGAUUGCAGGCUGUGGUAAAACGUUUCUACCAUAUAUCGAUAGGAAUUUUAGCAACAAAUAUCUAAAAGACAUUGUAUUCAGAAAGAUCUAUAACAGCAAGACCCUUCUUAUGGGGGUACAUUGGUCUGCCAUCUGCGCGAUGAAGUGGCUUUGCAAGAGGGACGGGACACGCAACGCCCCCUUGGUUUUACGGAGGGGAUGGGGGUUUGUUGUUCCAUUUUAUUCUGUCCAAGAUUGUAGCUAGAGGAGCUAAGUACACUUUCACAACAAACACAGCAUAUACAUUCUUUCCGUUUACGUCUAGGCCAAGAAAAGGAUGCUCUUGCCUUCGUAUACUUAAACUUAUUAUCUUAGUUGGGUGUAAACGAAAACAAAAGACAGUGAUGUCAUUGCGUUCUUUUCCAGGCUUUCGCCGCGUUUGACCGAGAUGGAAUGGGACUGAUAUCCAAAGAGGAUUUACAUCAGAUAAUCAAUGCAUUCUGUUUUGUGAUGUCUGAUAAACAGUUUCAGGUAAAGUAUCUUAUUUCUCUGCUGUAAAAUAUUAACAUGCAAAGAAACAAGCACCAAAAUACUUCAAGAUUAUUUGGUUUAUUAAGGGCCCAGUUUACAGUUUGUGGAAUUUUCCAAGGCACAAGUCAACAAAGAGAAAUAUCGCUACCUAAAUCGUGGUAGCUAGUGCCAGCCAAUUAUUUGAAAAUUCUGAGUUGAAGCGAGUACAGUACCGCGUAAAAGUAAGUAGACACUUGAAGCUCGAAACUCGAGACUCGAUCCUCGCAUCUCGAAGCUCGAACGCUUCGAGUUUCGAGUUGCGUGGAUCGAGUCUCUCACAAAGCUGCACCGCCUUUGUAAGGGACCUUUAACUUGAACAUUGUGCUUUUGCCUUGUUGUAGUUUUUGUUGUUGUUUUAUUAUUGUUAUUUCGUGUCAAAACUGGUGAAAAAAGAUACUUCAACAACUCUAUGAUUUUAAUAUACUAAACAAUGACGUCUCUUAAAUUUGGAGGUGAGAUCCACUUCGUGACAAAAAUUUUAAAAAUCCCAAUUUCAUUUCUAUAAAACAUAUGCCACAUGAAGGUACUGCCCGAAGGGUUUAGAAUUUUGUCCGCAGACUUUGUGUCACAUAGCUUAAAUCUGCUGGUUCUAAUCAACGUAAUGAACUUUGUAUUCCUCAGACGCUUAUGAAAAAGGUAAACGUGAGUGAAGGAGGUCUGAUAUCUUAUGAAGAGUUUUUCAAGAGCUUUCAAAAAUCAGACGCCGAGGUAAGUGGACCUACGUGCCAAAUAUUAUUAUAUUUUAGAUGUUAGGUAAAGGUUUUAGAACUUGGAAUCACAUUGGCGUGGCAAGAUGGACACAGCAGAAUCUAUUUUAUCUAAAUCUGUUACUGUGUUGUUACAUUUGUUAGGCCAGUCGCAAAUGGCUGGAGAGUUUAUAUCCUUCCCCUGACAAGCGCCAAAGAACCGCUGAGCAUGUUAGCAAGCGACAUCGUGGGAUGACGGACGCUGAAGUUGAAAAGAGAGUGCGAGAGGUUGUCGUGGCAAGAUUUUAUAGUCUUGCAAAGGUAAUGUUUCUUUUCUAAUGUAAGCUUCAUUUCCAGCCAAAGUCUAGUCACCGUUGCCCUCUGUUUGAGCAAAGUUUAACUGACUGACGAGACUGGCUUAAAGCAUUGAUACUUCACCUUACUCUUUUCACUUCCUGAGCGAAUAACACAGUCUUGUUAGGUGGCUCCAACUUGUGAGUCUGUGGACAAAAUCCUGUUGUGUCACCAUUCAAAUGGAACCUCCUUAGCAGUCAUUUCAGAUGGUGCUGCAUGGUGUUCAGCAUUUUGCAAAAUGAAAUUUGAAGCUUUUGUCGAAUUUUUGCUUCGGCCACUGUCGGAAGUGAAAUGGCCUUACAAGGUACCCGAGGAAAAAUCUGCCAGUGUAGGAGCUCAAUUAAGUGAUUUAGUUUAGCUCUAAUGUUUAGACUUAUCACCUGAUAUUACAAUUAAGGUAAAAUUUCGAAAAAAUUUUUAGGGAAUUAAGUACCAACGUUUCGAGUGUUUGGCAUCGUCGGUGCUUAUCAUUUUUCGACUGCUGGGCAAAUUUGGGACCUUAGGCCUCGAAGCGGUGAAAAGAGUGGUUCCGUUUUCACUGUGACGAACGCUCAAAAAGCAGCGAUAAAAGUUAGUAGUGCGUUUAUACUGAGCGUAACCGCAACCGUGCAUUUAAACCUCGAUGGUGUUUUACGGCAUGUUAUCCUAUUUUCGAGCGCCAGGCAUUAUAGAACCUUCCAUACUUUGAAAUGUCCACAGUAAUCCAUUUAUGCUACGUAAAACUACACCGUCGGUCGAAAAUCUUCUUGCUGUUGUUAGUACUGUUCGGAACUGAAAAUAAUAUUUGGGAUGGGUUUGUUCUCCAAAAGUUCACUCGUCAGAAAAGAUACUCUUGCUUUUGAGUUUAUAAGCCACUUAUUUAUCUCUCUCUGUUUUUAGAGCUUAAUUCGAUAAAUGUACCGGGAUUGUUUUAUUCCCAGGCGUUCACAGAUGAAGACACCCACCACACGGGGACAAUCAGUGGCCCGGCUCUGCAUGAAAUACUCAACGAACAUGCAUUCCGUAUGAGCAGCGAUCAAUUCAGUUUUAUUUGGAGUAAACUUCCAAAGAACGCUGAAGGCAAAGUAGAUUACAGGGAUUUUCUGAAGAUUUUCUCCACGCGAACAGAUGUUGUACGAGUGGCAUCCACGACACCCCCUCAAUCACGCGAUAGAAGGGUGAGCUCGCCGCUUUCGAAUUUUUACAAGCUUGUGUCUGCUGAAAAGAUUCCAUUCCCCACACCAGUUGAACCCCAAAGGCUUUUUCAGUUCUCAAUCCUUAUUUACAUUGACAAGUUUGCCUUGAUACGUUCUGGUCUUGCCUUGAUAUUAAGGAUAAAAAAUUCCAUACUUUUCCAUUUACAUUAUCAAGGAAAGUUCUUUUUAAAGAAGCCUGCGUAGCCGGUGGUUUUGUUUGGUGAGCGCGCCAUUCAGUGGCGAAGCGGCAAAAGCGCCGGCGGGAACGAGCGCCAUUCUCUGUCCCAUUCUCCCGGCCGCUUUUCUGCUCGGACGCGCUCCCGACCCUAACAUAACCACCAGCUACACAGGCCUUUUCAAAGAAAAUUGCUAUGAUAAAUGCGGUUUUGAGUUAAUACUAUUUAAGCGUAAAGCUUGUUACUAAGUCUUCAACCAUAUGCAAUUCAUUUUUUGUUUACAAACCUAUGGGGUGGUAAGCUUUGUCAUCUUUCGACAAGUUGUUAUUGUCAAAAUUUACUUGCGCGCCUUUGUUGCAGAUUUCUGAGUCCGCAAUGUCGCCAGUACGUUCACCUGCCAGGAUUCCAUCACCUGAAUCACUGACACCGCCUCCUUCAGCAACUGAUGUGGAAAGAAAAAUUAAAGACGCGGUAGGUCUUGAAUGUAAUGUUGUCGAUAACGACAACGUUAAAAUUAUUAUUGUAGGAGAAAAGAGGGUUAUGAUCUCUUUAGAUCAUCGAUGUAGUGUUUCACUCUUAAGAGGGUCAGACCGAAUGACUUUCCGUGUACCAUACAUGUUUGGCAUCUUCCAGGUUCUUUUCAUGCUACUGAAUGACAACCAAAGCCCCCAGUUAUACUGUCUAUUGGACUGUUUGUUUGUAUUUUAGGUUUGUCGUCGUUGGCAGCAGAUGCAGAAAUCUUUCAGAAACAUCGACAGCGGAAACAAAGGAGUCGUUAACUUUGAGCAACUUAGAGGUGUGUUUGGAUCUUUUGUUUUGUUUUGCUUUCUUACCUGUUUGUGUUUGUUUGUUUGUUUUUGUUUUCUUUUUUUACUGCUGUAUUAGUCGCAUCUUGUGGUUCCAAGCAGUGACUGUUUAUUUCGAGUUUAUGGAAACUAAUACUCCAUUUGUUUAUUUCUGUUUAAGUUAUUUUAUGGAAGCACGAUAUUGAGCUCAGCCCAAACGAAUUGUGGUCUUUGUGGAGGAAACACAGCAGUGAGGAAAAAGGAGGGUACGUUUUGUGAACCAGCUUAGGUUUUCCAAAACGUGAAACAAAAGAAACGAAAACCUCCUUGAAGUUGUGGCUGGUUCGAUAAAUGCGACAAUAGGUCAUUUCUGAGUCUCGCGAGGCCUCUGUUUCAAAGCGAGACUAAGUGCGAAGCCAUUGAUAUGAAAACGACUUUUUUCUUGUGCAAAUGUUAAUGAGACUCGUUAUCUAAAGAACGUUUUGCAUUUAGCCUCGUUUUGAAAGUGAGGGUUUUUGGAACUCGGAAAUGGCCCUUUUACUGAAAUGGGGUAUAUUUUGGAUAUGUCCUUCUGUUCUCCCACCCUGCGUAGUCGGGGGGGCGAGGGGGGUGGGGAGGGGUAUGCCUUCAAUUUUUUUAUACAUGGCUAGAGAGUGGCAAACAGAACAUGAAAACUUGAAGAAGCUGAUGGUAGUUGUAAUUUUGUUUCAUCGAUGUUCCGAGAACUUGAGAAAGGAGGGACUUGUUUUACCCCUUGUUGAAGUAAAUCUUUAAGGCAUAUAAAUCAGUAAUUUUCUUUGUUAAGACUUUUGGCGAAUGUGCCAGACGUUAAUCGAGUCUUGUCUCUCUUUUCAGAAUCGAAUACAAAGAUUUUAUGCGCCAUUUUGUGUUGAACCUUAAGUCGCAAGAUAGCAAUUCUCUCGCUAGACCCAAGCUACAAAACACCCGAAUUCCGGUGAGUUUUACUAAGGGCAAAACGACGCUUAGUUAAAGUGUGGUCCAGCCUUCCCCAUAAGCACCCAGUCAAAUGACUGCAUGGUGUAGCAGUGCCAUUCGUAAUCUUCAGAAAGGCUUCCCAGAGAUAAGCCAAAUGCUAUUAAAAUCCCUUUUAAUUCAAUCCUGCUUAUGUUCAUUUUUCAUGUUGAGUCAGACCAACUUAAUACGUAGAGCAAAGAAACAGAGUCAAGUGUCCCCUUUACAAGGGUGCCCCUAGUAUGUGAUGUGGGAAUUAAAUGAAAUUUAGUGUCUUUGGGACCAAUAGAACUGUCGGUAAUGUUGUAUUCCUAUCAACAGAACCCGUUACAUCACAUACGAUACAGUACGGCAGCGCACAGCAUUCUGUCGUUCUGUAAAACUGAUUAGUUGUAUUUGUUUUCAGACAAGCCCAGGGGUAAGGAGUGAUCGGUUCAUAGAGCUCAUGGCUACAAUCCGCGCCUCGGUACGGCGCGACUGGAAGGAAAUGAGAAGAGCUUUCAGGGUAAGAUUCUUACAAAUGAUCUUAAACCUAAUUCUGUCUCUAAUUCGUUUCCGAUCUAAUAAACCCUAACCAGUAAUAAAUCCUUUGAAUGAUUAUUUUGCUUGUGGGAUACACUAAAAACGCGCAUUAAAGAAUCUUUAAUUUUCCUCGACGAAAGACUGAAAUGGUUCGUAUACAUUUAGUGAGUACUGAGAACUGAACAAACCUUAUACAAUGCACAUUGCGUUCAUUCUCACCACAAUGCAGUAACUGAAAAGUAUCUCCAUAAAUGUCCUUAUUUUCCGUGUCAUACACUUCCAAAUUUCGAACUGGAAGACACCAACAUCUCAAACAAUUGUUUCCGAGCUCCUAAGUGUUUGUUGGGUAAAUAAAUGAUAUUUUCAUCUCAUCGCAACUACAUUACAAAACGUAGUCGUUGUGAGAUACACUUCCGUGUAGCCUGAGAGGCGGUUAUAUUCGCUCGCUAACUUGUCUUGCGUUUACACCAGAGUCUUCUUAAACUUCAGUACUUCUUUUUUGUUGUUUUGGGGUUUUUGUACUGAAAAUCUUUUUCACUCGUUAGUUGAAUUAGCUCUUAUGUGAGUUGCUAACUUGGUCAAAUUUGAGCCCUGACCUUCUGAAUCCGCAUUUUUUAUGCGUGUUCUACUGCGAAUCGAAAUGGGCAUUAAUCGUAGUUUAGCUUGUUUUUACGUCUGAACAAACAGGCCGCAUUUAGCAGCCAGAGUUCAGCCACUCCCCUGUCUUGCCGCUUUUUCAUUACCUUCGACAGUCUAGGGUUCAAAUGCUCGUGACCAGCCAUCAGUGUUUAGGUUCUUAACUUCUCUGCUAACGUCACGAAAUUAAUAAAAAUUCAAACAGUGGAAAUCGUCACCAAGUUGAGUGAAACUCCAAAAUAAAAGCUAAAAACAGUAAAAGAAGGUAAAAAUCACAGCAAAUACAAAGGGAGGCACGUAUGGACAAACUUGAUGAAAACAGAAACGGAUUGCAGUUGAGGUUUUUGAAAAUUUAUUGGCCUAACAUUUUUUUUAAAGUUCAGUUUUUUGUCUAUAACUUUUGAUACAAUGCUUGGGGGACAGAUUUGUUUGAUAUGAGGCAGUGAUUUUGAAUUUGCAAGUUAUUUCUUUGCUUACGCUAAGUUCGAAAAAGGAUGUGUAAUUGAAUUGGCAAUAUUACUGCGCUUUUCAAAAACACGCGAACUCUGAAGUUCAAAAGCCAACUGACAUUUGCGUUUUUCGCUGCCGUCAAUCAUCUUAGUGGACCUCUCAGGAAACAGAACUUUACUUCAACGGGUUCAAAGGUCAUGGUUUGUGAUCUGUGAUUGCUGGAUUUCGAUCCGUUUCGUGUGCUUCUGUGUUUCAAGGUUCGUUGCUUGUGAUCGUAAUUAUGAUCGACGGCAGCGAAAAACGCAGUUGUGAAGACGGCUUUUGAGCUUUAGAGUUCGCGUGUUUGUGAAAAGUGCAGUAACAAAAUGAACUAGACAGCCGUGACACAGCCCCGUCUACGUUUGACUUUUGUGAUUUUGACCAGUGCUUUACUUAGUGUGAUUAUUCCUUCUCUUCUUAUUUCCAGGGUUUGGAUAAAAGUGGCUGUGGUACUUGCUCUCUUCUUGAGUUCAGAGAGAUGAUGAGAAAAUUUAAGAUCGAGUUAAGCGAGGAAGAGUUCUUCCAUCUAUUUUCGUUUUACGACAAAAACAUGACGGGCAAGAUUUCUUACAACGAUUUCCUCCGAGCACAUUUAGAAUAAGCAUGCACGAUGUUAGAAGUUUGAGAUCUCAAGGAAGGUUCGGUAGAAGCGCAUCUACUGUCUGUGCUACCUUGCAUAAACCAAGGGAUUUCAUGUAAUGAUUUCUCUUUGCUAUUCCAAAUCGUUGUGUAUGUCGAACUCUUAAAUAAUAAAAUUGUAAAGAGUGAUUUCAUGUGAUCGAUCACUGUAAAGAGACAUGUAAAUCUCUCUGAUGUAGGUGUUUAUAAAAUAAAUGAAACGAAUGAAGG